CCCAACUCUCCACUCUGUAACUAAUACAAGAAAAAUUAAAAAAAAAAAAAAAUUAAGAGAGAGAAAGAAGAAAUUUAGGUCUAAUUUUUAUUUUUGUUCUCGGAAACGUUUCCAAUCUAAAAAAAAAAAAACUAGGGUUUUACAGAAAGGGGAUUAGGUAUUUCAAUUGGUGUUUUGAUCUUUUCCAGGGUUAGGGUUACGAUAGAGACAGUUUUUAUCUCUAUCGAGACAAUUUAUUUAAAGUUGUUUAUUUUCGUGGAAAAUUUAUACUCAUUCGUGCUUUGAAUCGAUUCCUGUUCUGUGAUUUUAACGAUAGAUUGAUAUUGGUAUAGAUAAAGCUGUCUGUUGAUUUGUAUGAGCUGAAGUAAAAGGGGAGUUUCAAAUUUGAUGGAUGAGAUCUGGGAGAGAGCCGUUGAGACAGCUCUGGACGGGCAAACUGACCACGCCUCGGCUCGAACGCUGACCCUAGACGGUGCGGCCAAGUGCAUACAAGGGAGGUUACCACCACCGAGUCUUCUAGAGAAGUUCCAGAACCUUCAGCACCUUUCUAUUGCCAAUAUUGGUGCUACUUCGCUCGAGCAGUUUCCACGUCUCCCGAGUCUAGAGAAGCUUAACCUCACCGAUAAUCGGAUCGCUGGUGGCCUUGAGUUUCUUGUCGAAGCGGGUCUCGACUCCCUACGGGACCUUGACCUUUCGAACAACCGGAUUCAAUACAUCGAAGAUCUUGCUCCGCUAGCUCAGCUUAAGCUCGUUUCCCUUGAUCUCUACGAGUGUCCGGUUACGAGGGUCAAGGAUUAUCGAUCUAGGGUAUUCGGGUUGAUAAAAUCGCUUAAGUAUUUGGAUAAGAUGGAUGCGGAGGAGAAUGAACGACCAGAGUCUGAUGACGAGGAUGACGAAGAAGAGGAAGAUGAGGAUGAUCCUGGAAGUGGAGAAAUUGAUGGUGAGGAUCGGCCUUUUAGAUUGAAUAACGGCCAUAGCGAGGUGAUUGAAGGGGUUGUUGAUGUUGAUGAGGACGAAGAGAGUGAUGCUGAUGAGGAGGAGACUGAGACAGCUAGGAGGGUGAAUGGACAUAAUCAUCAGGCGAAUGGGUUUCGGGUUGCUCCUGUGGUUGGAGAAGAGGAGGAUGAGGAAGAUGGGGAAGAUGAAGAUGAUAAUGAGUCUGGGGAGGAAAUUGAUGAAGAGGAAGGAGAGGAAGAUGAUGUGGUUGAAGUUCAUGAGAUUGAUGAUAGUGAUGAGGAAGAUGGGAUUGAAUAUGAUGAGGAUGAUGACGACGAUGAUGAUGAUGAGGAAGAUGAAGAAGAGGUGGACAAUGAUGAGGCCGAUAUUGCCGAGCCUGAGGGUACUGGACGGUUAACGAGCACGGAAGGUGAGAUUGAUGGGCAUGAGCAGGGGGAGGAUGACGGAGACGAGGAUGAUAAUGGAGAGACUGGGGAGGAAGAACAGGCCGUAGAGGAAGAUGGAGAGUUUGAAGAUGGGGAAGAAGAGGAUGAUGACUAUGGUGCAGGCUACUUAGUUCAACCUGUGGUACAAGCUGAGGAAGAAGAUGGUGGAGGUAGUGACAUGGAUCCUGGUAACGAUGAUGAAGAGGAGGAAGAAGAAGAAGGUGAUGGCGAAGAAGAGGAGGAGGUUGAAGACGAGGAUGAAGUUCCGGUGAUACCCCCUCCUCCAUCUUCAUCUUCUUCCCAGCUAAAGAGGAAGAGAGAUGGGGAGGAAGAUGAAGAUGAUGGCGAGGAUGACGAUGAGGAUGUUGAGUUUAGCAAGUCUUCAAAGAAGCAUCACUGACACUCGCCAUCGAUCUUGCAUGUUUAAUGUUUUCUUUUUUUCGUUCAUGUCUUUUUAGUAUGGAAGACAAGGAGAACCUUAGCUAGAUUGGUUGGUACCUUGGUAGUAGUGAUUUUGGCUCUCUUCUUGGAUAAAUAUAUAGUUGGAAGGAAGAUAUGAUAUCGUUAUAUCUUUGGCCUUUGGGGGGUUUUCAGUUCAAAAGUUCGUUAGUGUUUCCCCCCAGCUUUGGAACUCUUACAUAGCCGUUACUCUUUCAUAUUUUAAAAGGCAGUUAAGAGCGGUUCACACAAGCACAUCUUCUCAUUUCAAAGGCUCGGUUUCAAAAGGGGACUUCUUGGAGGGAAGCAACGAGAGAAAAAGGGAGUAAACUUAGUUUAUAUAUUUUUUUUUGCUUUUGUUUGCCCGAGUAGAGUACCCUUUCUUUUAUCUUAUUUGUUCUUUUUUUUAAAGGGGGCAUGUAAAAAAAAGAAAGAAAAAAACGCAUGUGGAUAGGUUUUAUUUCUCUCAUGUUCCAUUCAAUCAAAUGGGCUUCAAGUA